AUGAAUAGACCUUGCAUCUAUGCACUAUUACAUUGGGCAAAAGUGUGCCUUGUUUUGCUGCUAAUUCCUGGUUUAAUUUGGGGUGGAAUUGCUGCACUUUCAUGUCUUCGACAUCGGAAUGCACGAAAUACCUAUGUCAGUACAACAUGCCAAGUGGUAAAUUAUGUCAAAAUACAACAUUACUGCGUUGAUUGUACUCUAUUCCAUUGCACAACCCAUCAAUGCUUCGACGAACAAAUACUCGUGACAUACGCUGUUAAUAAUAAAUCUUACGAGUCGUAUGUAAUUACAAAAGAAAGUCGAAUUGCAAGACGUAAGAAGUUACAAAAAGGCGCUGAUCAUGAUUGUUAUUAUCAUAAGGAAGAUGUUGGAUUGGCCAUCUUUGAUCUACCUGAUCAUGAAUCACCCCUCAUCGUCGUGUACAUCAUCACUGGAACCAUUUGUCUACUCAUUUUCGUUAUUAUUACAACUUUGCUUUAUAUUCAAUUUCAAGCUUUCAACACACGCAAUCAUGGCGGAAAAAAACAGGCUAGAGUGGAUGAAGAAGAUCUUUUAUAUUUCUGCGGAGUCGAUGCUGAGCGUUUCGUUGCCGAACGAAUCUGUGCAGAAUGUGACCAUUUAAAAUUAAAAUAUAAUGUAAUAUCAGCACCUGGUCAAGAACAUCGACCGAAUGUGAUUGUCACUGCUGGAAAUGGUCCUUCGAAGUUCUUAUUUGUUGGUCAUAUUGAUACGGUCAAUGUGGAAGAUGAAACUCAAUGGUCACUCCCACCAUUCGGUGGCAUGAUUGAUGAGAAAACUCAACGAAUGAUUGGACGUGGAGCAUGCGAUAAUAAAGGUGGAAUCGUCUGUGCACUGUAUACGUUGUACUUGCUCCAGCAACGAAUCGAUCAAGAGAAAUUAAACAUUAGUAUUCAAUUGGCAUGUGUGGUUGAUGAAGAAAGUGGCGCUUGUUCGUCGAUUGGUGUUCGUUAUUUGUUAGAUAAGAAAUUGAUUUCAGGUGAUGGAGCAAUCUAUGUUUAUCCCGGCGUGAACGUGACGAUUGGACAUCGCGGUCUCUUAAGAUUAGCCAUUGAUGUUAUAGGUGAGAAUGUGCAUACGGGAAGUAUCGAAUGGAAUACCAAAAAGAAAGGAGCAAAUGCAGUCACGGCUUUAGCUCGCAUCCUUGUAGCAUUAGAAGAUUAUCCGUGGGAGAACGACAAAAAUCCAUCAUUUCCUAAUUUAACAUUAACUGUAACACCGGGCACGAUCGUGAAUGGAGGUGGUUUUGUAUCUGUUGUUCCAUCACAUGCUUCAGCUAUGAUUGAUAUUCGUCUGAUGCCAUCAACAUCUGUUGAUCAUGUUUUACAGAAAAUUGAAGACAUCGUUACAAGUAUAGUAAACGAACGAAAUGAAUUUUAUCGUAGAAUGGCGCUCGAUUCAUCGCCAUCCAUUCGAUUAUCAGCAUCGAUUACCAUAAAGAACCAACUGCCGGCUGCUACGAUUGAUUCAAAUCAUCCACUCGUUUAUUCAUGUGUCCAAGCUGUUGAAAAAAUACUACAUGUAACUCCAACAACAGAUGGAUGCGGUCCAGCUAAUGAAGGAUAUAUGUUAAUCGAGAGUGGUAUUCCGACCAUUUGCGGAUUCGGACCCAUUGGUGGUAAUGUUCAUGGAGUUGACGAAUGGGUAUCGGUACCAUCGUUAGCUCAGACAGUCGACGUUUACUUUGACAUUGUUUCUAGCUAUUGUCAUCUAUUUCAGUAA